ACAGAAGAAGAAGAAAUUAGUGAACCGAGACCUGCAACCCACUGCCGGAGAAGUCAGCCCAAACAACCUUGACACGUCAGCAGAACACUACGAAUCCAAGUCGAAAUCCGAGUGCUUCGUAGACCGCUGCCUCUCCGGGCCCACCGUUGAGCAAUUCCACCACCCUCUCCGCCUUCCUCUUUAAAGACUAUCUUUUGAUCUUCAUACAGAAUUCUAUUCGCACUUCAUUCUUUCGCCUUAAUUCUCACUGUCACUGCUUUAUUCUCAAUGUCAGCAACGGAUGAACAGGCGAUGGGCGACGAUGGCGUCGGCGGCCCUGCCUCCACCAACCCCCCUGCCGUCAGGAUCAGCAGCGAGAUCUUGGUGGCCGCCGUCAUCUUCCUCUUCAUGGUCGUCGUCUUCGUCUUCUUCCUUUACCUCUACGCCAAGCGAUAUCUCCGCUACGAUCGCUCUGGCGCCGGGUCCCGCUUCGUCUUCACCGCCUCCGACCUCCGCCCCGCCUCCACGCGCCGCGGACUCGACCCCGCCGCCCUCGUUUCCCUCCCCGCCACCAUCUACCGCUCCGCCGAUUUCAAGGACGGCGGCGGGCUCGAGUGCGCGGUCUGCCUCUCCGAGCUCGCUGAUGGAGAGGAAGUUCGGGUGCUCCCCAAUUGCGGCCACGGCUUCCACCUCCAGUGCAUCGACAUGUGGUUCCAUUCCCACACCACCUGCCCGCUCUGCCGCUGCGCCGCCGUUGCCGGCGAACCCUCCUCCCUGAGAACAGAUUCGCUCAAUCCGCCUCGACCGGAGGCCACUCCGACGGCGUUUCCCACCAAUGUGCUAAUUCGGGGCGGGCAAGACCGGGCUGACGAAAGGGCUCUGGUGAUCGAGAUCCCGAGGAAUGCCGUCGACGGCCUCGGGCCUCAAACUUCUCCGUUACCGUCGAGCAGAGCGGCGCCGGAGGAUCUGAGGUCGCCGGUGUCAGCAACGUUCCGAUCCCUGCGAAGACUCUGGAGCCAGGGGAGGAGAGCCGGCGCCGGCCCCUCUUCCAUCAGCCCGAGGGAGGUCGACGUCGAGCAGGGGCCGGCGGAAGAAAGGCCUACGCCGCCGCCCAAGUCCCCUGCUCCGAAGCCAUAACUCGUCGAAGAUCUUGUUACAGAAUUCGAUUCUUUGCUGUGUACAGGGUGAAUGCUUAAUAACUUGCAGCAUUUCUCCACGCUUCUGUUUCGAAUUCUUCUUCUCUCUCAGAAGAAUUCACCAUUUCUAGGUGGUUUAAUUUGAUUCAUUGUUCCAGAAAGUAUAUUUUGCUCUGUUCUAUCGAGUUUUUUUAUGAAUUAAAA